UGUCACCUUCACAUUCCAGUGCUGCCUCCUCUCUCCGCUUUUCCCCGUCGAUUGUUUUUGGUGGCAAAACCGUCAAUCAAAUAAUGGAGAAGAUGAUAGCUCUCAGAUCGCUCUGCCGUUCACUCUCUUCCAGAUCUUACCGAACAGCCGCCGCCACCCAGCAGCUGCCACGUCACCAACAUCACCACCACUCCGCCGGCGCUGCUCGAACCCUCUUCAGUUUCGCUUCCCCAAACUCCAAGAACCAGUCUUCCGAUGAACAUAGGUCUCCUCUUUCAACGAGUUUGGGGAGUAGGCGGUUUUCCAGCAACGAUGUGGGUCAUUUUCCUGAGAUUAAAGACCCUGUGCUGCUUAAUGCUUUUAAGGACUUGAUGGCUGCAAGUUGGGAUGAGCUCCCUAAGCUUGUGGUCCGUGAAGUUAAGGCAGCAUUGUCUAAGAACACUGAUGAUCAGACUGGCAAAGAGCAUCUCAUGAAUGUGUUGCGUGCGGCCGAAGCUGUGGAGGAGUUUGGAGGGAUGGUUAUGCAGUUGAAGAUGGAUAUGGAUGACAGUGUCGGUCUGAGUGGAGAGGAUGUGAAGCCGUUGUCAGAUGAGUAUGUGAAUGCUCUGAAGACGAUUUACAGUCGCUACGCUGCCUAUUUGGAUUCAUUUGGGCCUGACGAGACCUAUUUGAGGAAGAAGGUGGAGACUGAGCUGGGAACCAGGCUGAUAUACUUGAAGAUGAGGUGUAGUGGCAUUGGUUCUGAGUGGGGAAAGGUCAGUGUUCUUGGAACUUCUGGACUGUCAGGGUCAUAUGUUGAGCAAAGAGCUUAGCCACAGAGUUUCAGAUUAUUUACUGUAACUGGAAGAUUUCCCGUGUUUCCCAAUCAUGUUUGUAAUUGAAAUCAGGCCAAUCGAACUCUCGUAGAAAACCUUGAUGUUUAGGUUUUGAUGGCAAUUAAUAAGAGCAUGUUUGUGUUGUUGAUCUAUGAAUGGAAUAAUGCAAUCAUGCUAUUGCUUUUCUGAUAU